AUGCCUUUUGCCCAGCUGGUGAUUGGUCCGCCGGGCGCUGGCAAGUCCACAUACUGCAAUGGUAUGCAUCAGUUCCUGGGCGCAAUUGGCCGGAAAUGCUCUGUCGUCAACCUUGACCCCGCCAACGACAAGACUUCAUAUCCAUGCGCGCUGGACGUACGUGAUUUAGUCAGGCUAGAGGACAUCAUGGAAGAGGACAAGUUGGGUCCGAACGGUGGUGUCUUAUAUGCUCUUGAAGAGCUCGAAAAUAAUUUUGACUGGUUGGAAAACGGGCUGAAGGAGCUUGGUGAGGAUUAUAUUCUUUUCGAUUGUCCUGGUCAAGUUGAGCUAUUUACACAUCAUACUUCAUUACGCAACAUCUUCUACAAAAUCCAGAAGAUGGGCAUCCGGCUUAUCGUCGUCCACCUCGUCGACUCCUACGCCCUCACCCUCCCCUCAAUGUACAUAUCCGCCCUCCUCCUCUCCCUCCGCGCCAUGCUCCAACUCGACCUCCCACACAUAAAUGUCCUCACCAAAAUCGACAACCUUGCCAACUACGCUCCACUCCCUUUCAACCUAGACUACUAUACCGAAGUACAAGACCUGUCCUACCUACUCCCAGAAUUGGAAAGCGAGUCCUCACGACUUUCACACGAGAAAUUCGGCAAAUUGAACCAGACUAUCAUCGAUCUGGUCGAGGAAUUCGGACUCGUUGCCUUCGAGACGCUGGCCGUCGAAGACAAAAAGAGUAUGAUGAGUCUCUUGCGCGCUAUUGACCGUGCAUCCGGGUAUGCCUUUGGUCCCGCCGAGGGCGCCAACGAUACUGUCUGGCAAGUGGCUGUUCGGGAGGGCAUGGGUGUCACAGACGUGCGUGAUGUGCAGGAGCGCUGGAUAGAUGCCAAGGAUGAAUACGAUCGGCAGGAGGAGAUGGAUUUAGAGGAGGAAGUUCGUGUGCGCAAUGCGGCGAGCCAGGUCGAAGCGACGGGUGCCGUGGAUGGCGGACCUGACGAGGAUGACGGCCAUGACUACGACGAGGAGUUGGAGAAGUGGAAAAAGGAUAUGCCAGACAGUGGCGUGCGGGUGCACCGCAAGUAA